UUGUCGCUUACACGUCAAAGAGACCCGCAAAUCCUCCUCGUCAGCCUUGACGAGUAGGCUGUCCUGCUCCAAGAGUCAAUAAUGCAGGUCCGAGUCUUCCAACUGGGAUCUUCUUGGAAUUCACCGUGGAAGAUACGUCACCGGAGAUGGGGAAUCAUAGAGGUGCCGCAGUAGAGUUGGAACUGAAACUGAGAUCAGAAGAGGAUGAGAGCAGGAGAAGUAGCGUGAUAGCAAGGGAAGGUCGACUGGGACAAUUCAUUCCACCCUUCAACUUCGCCACCGUCGACCGCGGCGUCUUCCGGUCCGGCUUUCCCGACGCUGCCAACUUCAGCUUCUUGGAUACACUACAACUGCGCUCGGUCGUAUACCUGUGUCCGGAGCCGUAUCCGGAGGCAAACAAGGUGUUUCUCGAGUCCAAUCGGAUAAGGCUCUUCCACUUCGGCAUGGAGUGUUCGAAGGAGCCUUUUGACAACAUUCCGGAGGACAAAAUUCGAGAGGCUCUCAGAGUCGUGCUUGAUGCCCGAAAUCGCCCAUUGCUUAUCCAUUGCAACAGAGGAAAACAUCGAACAGGUUGUGUGGUUGGAUGCUUGAGAAAGCUGCAAAGAUGGUGCUUGUCUUCUGUGUUCGAUGAGUACCAGCAAUUUGCUGCUGCUAAAGCGAGGGUUUCGGAUCAGAGGUUGAUCGAGCUAUUCGACACUUCCAGCUUUAAGCAUUUAUUAUCACAUUGCAUUUGUAUUUGACAUGGUCGAGUUGGGCUCUCGUAGAAUCACUGCAGCAUGAUUUUGGAGAGAGCAUCCACAUUAAUGUAAUGUAGUAGUAACAUAGAUUUCUGCUUAUGGUAAUUGUAAUGGAGUGUUAACAAUUAAUUUCCUGGAGGAGAUUGCAA